CAGACCCGCCUCUGCUCAGCGCAGUGAUCCGACAGUGUGUAUGAGAGAUUGUGAGUGUGUGUGUGAGCGUGUGUGUGAGAGAGAGCUCCAGCGUUAGGGCCGAACACUGAGGUGUCAGCUCAUCCGGACACAGGACAGCCAUGGCCCUGCUCGAUCUAGCCCUGCAAGGCUUCUCCAUCUUCGGCUUUCUCUUGUUCAUCGUGCUCUGGCUCAUGCACCUCGUGUCCAUCAUCUACGUCCGUCUGCAUCUCAACAAGAAGACCACAGAAAAGGUGGCGUACAGCAAACUGGCUGGCGUGUCGCUGCUGAAGCCCCUCAAGGGUGUGGACCCCAAUCUCAUCAACAAUCUGGAGACCUUUUUUGAGCUGGACUAUCCCAAGUAUGAGAUUCUGCUCUGCGUCCAAGACCACGACGAUCCUGCCAUCGAUGUUUGUAAAAAGCUGCUUGGCAAAUAUCCGAACGUAGACGCCAGGUUAUUUAUAGGAGGUAAGAAAGUUGGCAUCAAUCCAAAGAUAAAUAACCUCAUGCCAGCUUACGAGGGGGCAAGGUACGAACUCGUCUGGAUCUGUGACAGUGGCAUUCGAGUGAAGCCAGACACUCUCACUGAUAUGGCUAAUCAGAUGACGGAGAAGGUGGGACUGGUUCACGGUCUUCCUUACGUGGCAGACAGACAAGGAUUUGCCGCCACAUUGGAGCAGGUUUAUUUUGGAACGUCACAUCCUCGUUCCUACAUCUCGGCCAAUGUAACGGGGAUCAAGUGCGUCACAGGGAUGUCUUGUCUCAUGAGGAAGGACAUCCUGGACCAGGCGGGCGGGCUGAUAGCGUUUGCUCAGUACAUCGCUGAAGAUUACUUCAUGGCCAAGGCCAUCGCUGACAGAGGAUGGAAAUUUUCCAUGGCAACGCAGGUAGCCAUGCAGAAUUCUGGCUCGUACUCCAUUGCACAAUUCCAGUCUCGCAUGAUCAGAUGGGCCAAACUGAGAAUCAACAUGCUGCCGGCCACCAUCAUCGAACCCAUCUCGGAGUGCUUCGUGGCCAGUCUUAUCAUCGGCUGGGCCGCCCACCAUGUGUUUCGCUGGGACAUCAUGGUGUUUUUCCUGUGCCAUUGCUUGGCCUGGUUCAUUUCAGAUUACAUCCAGUUGAGAGGAGUACAGGGCGGCCCUCCGUCCUUCUCCAAGCUGGACUACGCAGUGGCCUGGUUCAUCAGGGAGUCCAUGACAAUUCAGAUUUUCUUGUCCGCUCUUUGGGACCCCACCAUCAGCUGGAGGGCGGGACGCUACCGGUUGCGUUGCGGAGGUACGGCAGAGGAAAUCUUGGAUGUUUAAAGGGCACCGUGUGCCUGGGACUAUGCACAUGGACACAGAACUGAGAAGAUGAGGGUGCAGAUGGACAAACGGACUGCUACUUUUUUUUUUGUUUGUAUGUUUUGGGUUUUAUUCCAACUUAGUUUUUAACCUGUGACUUUAGCAAAUAGAUUAUUUAUGUCCUUGGUGCUUUUUUUUGGUUUGUUUUCCUGUGCCGGUCUCUUGACUAUUGAGACCUCGUUCUAGAUGAGCCAAAAGUUGUGAAGAAACUGUCUGGCGAGGAGGCGGCACUUCAGUGGGCAUCAGUAACCCUGAUAAAAUCCUAAAUGUAACUGUUUUUUAUUUUUAAAUGUCCCUGCAACAUGUUUAGUGGUGGUUGAAACAACUGUAUUUCGUGACAUAUCCAUUUUAUGAUGAGUCUGGACGAACAGUACAGUUUUUAACAAUAGCGGGGUGGAGAAUGACUGAAGCCUUUUAAAACGAAUGGAUCACUUGCUUAUCACAGUGUUGCUCUCAGCAUACAGCACUCUUGCCAUAUUUUAUACAUUUUUGGACUUUUGAAGGCUCGAAACGGAUCCACUCAGGUCCAUUUUACGUUUACUGGACAGAGCAAUAUCUUCGGUAGAGGUUAUACAUAGGGAACUGUGGCAUACUGUUGACGACUCCUGUACAUUCAACAUGAAUAUCGUUUGAAACUUAGUGCCAUUUGAAGAGCAAGCGCUUUUAUUGUUAUCAUUUUGUCAUCUUUGCCGCUUUUCUUCAAGGUCUUUAUCUUCCCGCGCAUCGUUCUCUGCAGUACUUGCUCUCGUACCAGGAUCAGGGUUCGCUAAAACACAUUUCCUGCCCUGCUGCUGUUUCGUUCGAGAAGCUGUCAGUAUUUUCUUGACGUUUGACUGGAUAUAAACUGUCCAAACAUUUCAUCCCAUGCCAUUUCAGUUAGCCCUAAACCAAAUUCUCUUGACUUAUUUUUUGGAGUUGAAACUAAAUUUGGCGUGAGUUGGUGUGUGUUCAAUUUCAUGUUUAAACAUUUGCACUACGAUGCAUUUCAAAAUAUGACAGUCGCACUCUACUCGUUCCCCAUUGACACAAAUACUCUUACAGUCAAACAGUAUUCACGAAACAAUUGACAUUCUUCUCCAUCUUCACCCACUUUUUUUUUUUUCAUGGUUGUAUCUCGAGAAACUGCUUGUUUCUAUCUCGUACUGCCAGCACUUUGUUGUUAAACAGCUCUUUCUGCAUUUUCCUCAUUUUUCUUGCUGCUAUAAGUUCUCAAAUCAUGCCGCUGAUCGUGAAGAACCCUUGCCAGCGCUGGCAGUAUUGUUUAAGAGAUGUUUAACUCAUUCACCUGAACUGUUCAACCCUUGUUGUUAUUUUAAAACCAUAAUAUGUGAUUCAAAAAAAACCAAAAAAAAAAACAAAAACCUGUUGGCUUGAGCCGUAUGCAUGUGUCUUCGUAUUCCAUCAGCUGCCAUUUAGCCCAAUGCCAACCUUCCAUUGUUUGUGUGUUUGUUCUGGUGUUGGUUUAUUAUUUAUCAUUUGAAUACAUCUGAUUUUGUUCUGCUGAACGCUUUGGGCUGACUGUUGGAAAUAAACAGUGUUUUGUGCAUGAGGCCACGAAAUGAAUGACAUUUGUUCGUAACAUGGCAGUUGAAGUAUCAACUUUCGGCGAUCAACCAAUUAGCAAUAAUCGUAUACUUUUAUUAGAUUUACUCUAUUCAGGCUGUGAAACGAAAGCAUGCUUCCAAACACCGUUUCUCUGUCCGUUCGUGGUAUAAUAAACAUUUCAGAUUUUGUUGAGCGUUACGCAUUGAUCGUACCUCAGAGGGCCUCAUUCACCAAACACGGACCCAGUUUUUGCCAAAUCAUUAAAAAAGAAAAAAACAUUCUUACGUAAACUACAUGGAAUUAAUUUGUGCAGCCAUUUAAUAAGUUAUUCAAUUGAAGGUAACAUAUAUAUUAUAAACUAUUCAUUUUGGCGUCAGUUCGUGCAAACGUGGUUUUGCGAAUUAUUCCAAUAAUUCUUGAGUGAAAUUGUUGCGCUGAAUUGAAUAAUUUAAUAAAUUCUUGCCUUAACGUGGAUCGAAUAAUUAGUUGAUUCUCGCGUAAACGAUCAAAUUGAAUUCUAUUCUACAGCUAAUGGUUUCAGGAAGUUAUUACUUAAGAAUGGUUUUAUGAACGACUAAGAAAUUCAUUCUGCUUUUGAAUAAGGCCCGAUGCGAUGUAGUUCUUCACCAUUGGUUAAAACCGAAUGUACCUUCGCAUGAACACGUGACUAACAUUUUUUUUUUUUUUAUGUUUACCGGAAACGUCUGAAAUUUUAGGGAAUGGGAAAGCUGGCAUUUUCUUGCAACUGUUCUUCAAGUUCCUCUCUUUGACUUUCAGCCGUAUCUUCUUGCGAUAUAUAUGUGUGGAAUAUUGUGUCAAAAAGAAAGUUCACCUCAUUUACGAAAAGUCUACGAUGCACUGUAAAUUUCCCGUUUAGACUUUUCCCCCUCUUCGUGUGGCUGUGAGAGAAUGCUGCUGAAUGCGUGUUUUGCAGAAACAUUGCCUUUUUUUGAGAAGCCGAUUCUGAAAGGAUUGCUUUAUCGUGACGUUCGGUGGGGAACUGGACUUUUUUUUGUUUUCCCGGUGAGUGUACAGUCGUAUGCGUGUCGGAUUGACAUGUUUUGUGGAAGGCUGGUGACCCGUAUGGAGCCGCGUGAACGCGACAAAAUAAAACGAGUAACACAGAACCCGCUCUAACGGACGCCAUUUACAGGAUCUGAAACUAUACGGUUGUGUGUGGCCAGUCGGUCUCAAAAUCUCUUGAGACAAAGCCGGUUUGAUUGUCAUAUCCUGUUACUUUGCAGUUGCGACAUUUCCCUCUUUCAGACGAUCUCCAAGCGACCGAGAGAAACUACCGCUGAAGGUUUACCGUGCGGUCAUCAGUCGGAGUAGAAAAAAAAGUCUAGUUGUGAUCCACUGCUUUUAUUUUACGUGCUGUAAAUUUCACGAAGUACGAAAAAAGCUUUUACGGUUUUCUUUUUAAAUAUGUACAGUUUAUUUAUGAAGUUUGGUUGAUAUCCAUUACACACACUGCUUCCCAAGGCUUAAAUUAUCAUCGAGUUGUACAUUUUUAUUUGUUGUUCCCUACGAGUUUUGUUGGUUUUUCUGCAGUGUAAAGGUAUGGCUGGACAGACUUCGGUUUUUGAACUUUUGUGUUAUUUUGUAGAUGUUGUGUACUGUACUCUUGAUGCCGAAUGCGUAAUCCACAGCUGGAAACUGUGUCAUUACAGAUAAAUUAAAGCUUCAUGAAGCAA